UUCCGCCUCCUCCGGCGCGCCGCGCGGACGCGGGCCCUGUGGGGAGCGGUGCUGCGUCCCGGACAGGAGACGAGCGCUGCCCUCCGGCUGCCGCGCGCGCGCGCGCGCCGCCCGCCCCGAGCCGCCACCCGCGCGCGCUCUCGCCUCCCCGGCCGGCCCCCUCGUUGUCGUGCCCGCGCUCGGCCGGCCCCUCCGUCCGCCCGGGUCAUCGGCGAUCUCUCGCAGCCGAGGCUCCGACAGGCGGUGGACGCCUCCGAUGUGGCCGCACUACCCGGAGCGCGCUCAGCGCGUCCGGUGGCUUCUUUGCAGGGCGAGCGGGUGAGGCCCCCGCGCCGCCGCCGCCGGCCAUGACGGCCGCCUGGAAGGGCGCCCUCUUGCUGCUCCUGGCGGCGCGGGCGGCGUCCUGGGGCGGCGCCUCCGUGGACGAGGACGAGGACGUCCCGGCGGAAUGGGUCCUGCUGCACGUCGUCCCGGGCCACGUGGGCGCCGGCAACUACAGCUACCUGCGGCUGAACCACGAGGGCAGGAUCGUGCUGGCGAUGCGCAGCGUGCGGGGCGACGCGGACCUGUACGUGUCCGACCGCACGCUGCACCCGAGCUUCGACGACUACGAGCUGCAGGCCGCCACCUGCGGCCGCGACGUGGUGGCGGUGCCCGCGCACUUCCAGCGCCCGGUGGGCAUCGGCGUGUACGGGCACCCAUCCCACCGCAACAGCGAGUUUGAGAUGAAGGUGUACCUGGACACCACGGCGCCGCUCAAUGACAACUCUCCCACGCAUGGCUCGGGCACCGGCGCAGAGUAUGCACACGACCCCGAGGGCGCACCCCGGGAGGAGGAGUCCGUGCUCUGGACGGUUCUCAUCGGUCUUUUGAAAUUGGUCCUUGAAAUCCUUUUCUGAUGGUUGGAGCGCGCCCUGGAUGGUGACCGGGACCCUGUGCGGGUGGCCGCCCUGCGCCCGAAUGGGCUCCUCACACCUGGCUGGAAGCUCGCACUUGCUCCAGUUGGAGGAUGGGAAAUAAAGCCAUACAAUUGUGUUACCUCAAUCAUCGCAGAGGAGGAGCAGCAGCCUGUCCGAGAUCUGUUUUCCUUCAAAGAUUAAAAUUCCUGUAAGAGGAGUCAGUACAAUAAAAUGUUUGAAUCCGG